AUGUAUUCCCUCUCUCCAUCCUCCAGUAUAUCUCCUAAGUCCCUAAUCAGGACGCGGUGUCCGAGUCAGACUCAUCGGGUUACACCCGGUCGACUUGUUAUUCAGUGUAUUCACCGGCACGACUCAACCAACGCGAGCAGAGCCGAUUGGCAGAGCUCAUGCGCCAUAUUAGCAAGCAAAGUGGUGUCGCAACAGCAAGAUACUCAAAAAGUAGGCGGAGCUGACAAUAUCACCGCCGUGAACGGCCAUAAAACCCUAGAUCUCGUGCCAAUUGAGAACUUACCUAAACCUCUGACCAUCACAGACUUCUCUCCAGCACCGAUGCACGGGGCUCAGAUACGAGUCGCCUACCAAGGUGUUCCCGGAGCAUACAGCGAAGCCGCCGCCGGCAAAGCCUAUCCGAAAUGCGAGGCCAUACCUUGUGACCAGUUCGAAGUUGCAUUUCAAGCAGUGGAGCUCUGGAUCGCUGACCGCGCAGUUCUCCCCGUCGAAAACUCUCUCGGCGGCAGCAUCCACCGGAACUACGACCUCCUCCUCCGGCACCGCCUCCACAUCGUUGGCGAAGUCCAAUUUCCUGUCCAUCACUGCCUCUUAGCUUUGCCAGGCGUCCGAAAAGACUACUUAACCCGAGUUAUCAGCCAUCCACAGGCAUUGGCUCAGUGCGAACACACUCUCACCAAACUCGGCCUCAACGUUGCUCGCGAAGCAGUGGAUGACACAGCUGGCGCAGCCGAAUUUGUCGCCGCUAACAAUUUACGCGACACGGCCGCGAUUGCUUCCUCACGCGCCGCCGAGUUGUACGGAAUGGAGAUCUUAGCCGACGGAAUUCAAGACGACUCCAGCAACAUCACAAGGUUCGUGAUGCUGGCGCGUGAGCCAAUAAUCCCACGCACCGACCGUCCAUUCAAGACAAGCAUAGUCUUCGCUCACGAUAAGGGGACAAGCGUCCUCUUCAAGGUGUUAUCGGCGUUUGCUUUCAGGAACAUAAGCUUGACGAAGAUCGAAUCACGGCCUCACCGGAACCGGCCAAUCAGGUUGGUCGACGACGAGAACGUCGGAACGGCGAAACACUUCGAGUACUUGUUCUACGUGGAUUUCGAAGCUUCAAUGGCGGAAGUUAGAGCACAGAACGCUUUGGCUGAGGUUCAGGAGUUCACAUCUUUCUUGAGGGUGCUGGGAAGCUACCCUAUGGACAUGACUCCUUGGAGUGGAGCUGACAAUAUCACCGCCGUGAACGGUGACAAAACCCUGGAUCUCGUGCCAAUUGAGAACUUACCUAAACCGUUGACCAUCACGGUCCUCUCUCCAGCACUGAUGCACGGGGCUCAGCUACGAGUCGCCAACCAAGGUGUUCCCGGAGCAUACAGCGAAGCUAUCGCCGGCAAAGCGUAUCCGAAAUGCGAGGCCAUACCUUGUGACAAGUUGCAUUUCAAGCAGUGGAGCUCUGAAUCGCUGACCACACAGUUCUCCCUGUAA